AUGACUCUAUUUAGCGAAGACUGCACGAAGAUGAUCCCAAAAGAGCAAUGCGCUUUAAAAAUUUGGAUUCAUGAAAGAACAAAAAGGAACAGAAUAUCAAGGUGGUUAUCUCCCUUUCGUAGGCAAAAGAAAAUGAGGCGCGUCAGAUUAGGGAUAUUUACAGGGGAUUAA